AUGGCUGCACUUGUUAACCAAGAAACAUCAGAGGUCUCCAGUAAUCUGGACUCCAUAUUUACGCUUCUUGAGAAGAGCAUUGUUGGCUUUGUGAAGAAUGAGCUUAAGGAGUUCCAGAGGGUUCUGAGUCUGGGUUGCCCAACAUGCUUUGAGAGCCAAGGUGAGGACGAGGAAGUGGCAGAUAUUGAAAAAGAAGAGCAGAAGAGCAGCAAAGAGGCAUUUCUGAAGAUCACACUGCAGUUCCUGAGGAGAAUGAAGCAGGAUGAGCUGGCUGACCGUCUGCAGAACAGAGCUCAUGCUGCUGUGUGCCAACGUAAACUCAAAUCUAACAUGAUGAAGAAGUUUCAGUGUCUGUUUGAGGGGAUUGCUAAAGCAGGAAACCCAGCUCUUCUGAAUCAGAUCUAUACACCACUCUACAUCACAGAGGGAGGAACUGCAGAAGUCAAUGAUGAACAUGAAGUCAGACAGAUUGAAACAGCAUCCAGGAAACCAACCACACCAGAAACAACCAUCAGACAAGAAGACAUCUUCAAAGCCCCACCUGGAAGAGAUGAACCAAUCAGAACAGUGAUGACAAAGGGAGUGGCUGGCAUUGGGAAAACAGUCUUAACACAGAAGUUCACUCUUGACUGGGCUGAAGACAAAGCCAACCAGGACAUAGACUUCACAUUUCCAUUCUCUUUCAGAGAGCUGAAUGUGCUGAAAGAGAAAAGGUUCAGUUUGGUGGAACUUGUUCAUCACUUCUUUACUGAAACCAAAGAAGCAGGAAUCUACAGGUUUGAAGAGUUUCAGGUUGUGUUCAUCUUUGAUGGUCUGGAUGAGUCUCGACUUCCACUGGACUUCCACAACAGUGAGAUCCUGACUGAUGUUACAGAGUCCACCUCAGUGGAUGUGCUGCUGACAAACCUCAUCAGGGGGAAACUGCUUCCUUCUGCUCGCCUCUGGAUAACCACACGACCUGCAGCAGCCAAUCAGAUCCCUCCUGAGUGUGUUAGCAUGGUGACAGAGGUCAGAGGGUUCACUGACCCACAGAAGGAGGAGUACUUCAGGAAGAGAUUCAGAGAUGAGGAGCAGGCCAGCACCAUCAUCUCCCACAUCAAGACAUCACGAAGCGUCCACAUCAUGUGCCACAUGCCAGUCUUCUGCUGGAUCACUGCUACAGUACUGGAAAAUGUGUUGAAAAGCAGAGCGGGAGGAGAGCUGCCCCAGACCCUGACUGAGAUGUACAUUCACUUCCUGGUGGUUCAGUCCAAACUGAAGAACUUCAAGUAUGACGGAGGAGCUGAUACAGAUCCACACUGGACUCCUGAGACCAGAAAGAUGAUUGAGUCUCUGGGAAAACUGGCUUUUGAGCAGCUGCAGAAAGGCAACCUGAUCUUCUAUGAAUCAGACCUGACAGAGUGUGGCAUCGAUAUCAGAGCAGCCUCAGUGUGCUCAGGAGUGUUCACACAGGUCUUUAAAGAGGAGAGAGGGCUGUACCAGGACAAAGUGUUCUGCUUCGUCCAUCUGAGCCUUCAGGAGUUUCUGGCUGCUCUUCAUGUCCAUCUGACAUUCAUCAACUCUGGAGUCAAUCUGCUGGCAGAAGAACAAAAAUCAUCCUGGUGGUCUAAAGUACUCACACGCAAAUGGGAACAUAUAUACCAGACUGCUGUGGAUGUGGCCUUACAGAGUCCAAAUGGACACCUGGACUUGUUCCUGCGCUUCCUCCUGGGUCUUUCACUGCAGACCAAUCAGACUCUCCUUCGAGGUCUGCUGACACAGACAGGAAGCAGUUCACAAAUUACCCAGGAAACAGUCGAGUACAUCAAGAAGAAGAUCAGUGAGAAUCUGUCUGCAGAGAGAAGCAUCAAUCUGUUCCACUGCCUGAAUGAGUUGAAGGAUCACUCUCUAGUGGAGGAGAUCCAACAGCACCUGAGAUCAGGACAUCUCUGCACAGAUAAACUGUCUCCUGCUCAGUGGUCAGCUCUGGGGUUCAUUUUAUUGUCAUCAGAAGAAAAUCUGAAUGUGUUUGACCUGAAGAAAUACUCUGCUUCAGAUAAGGCUCUUCUGAGGCUGAUACCAGUGGUCAAAACUUCCAGAAAAGCUCUGUUGAGUUGCUGUAACUUGUCAGAGAGAAGUUGUGCAGCUUUGGCAUCAGUUCUCAGCUCCCAGUCCUCCAGUCUGAGAGAGCUGGACCUGAGUAACAACGACCUGCAGGAUUCAGGAGUGAAGGAGCUCUGCAGUGGACUGGAGAGUCCACACUGUACACUGGAAACUCUCAGCUCAGCUCCUGUUUGA